AUGAUUGUCUCAGCAAAUCUCUGCAUCUGGGGCUUCUCUUUCUUCGUGGCUGGCGUCAACGAUGCUAGCACUAGUGCUUUGACGCCCUAUAUCAAUCGUGAAUACAACAUUAACAGUGCUAUUGUAUCGAAUAUCUAUUCGCCGCUAUUGCCAACACUGAUUCCAGCAGAUUUCUCAGUCCUGGUUCGAUGCUUGAGUUGA